AUGUCACUCCUUGAUAACCUUUUAAUUAUUUUAUGACUAUUAGAUAGUAAUUAUUUCUAAUCAAUAUAUAAUGAUUCUAUCUGUUCUUACGAAAAAUCUCAGCAGUAACAACAUCCUAACUGGAAAUGGUUUUUUAUCAGUUGUCAGUAAUGUAUUAAAUGUUAGAUUUGCCUCUAAAAAAGCUGGAAGUAGUACUAGAAAUAGAAAAGGACAUUGUCGACCAAAGCACAGGGGUAUACAUUAUCAAGAUGGAUCAUUUGUUCAACCGGGCACAAUGCUAGUAACACAGAAUAAAUUAAGAUGUCAUCCUGGUUUAAAUGUAGGAUUUGGAAGAAAUGGGACCCUUUUUGCAUUAAGGCCUGGUAAAGUGAUUGUAACAUGUGAAAAAGUCGACCUCAAUCUUAACCACAGCUGGGUUUCGAGAGCCUAUGGAGGAAGAGAUACUGAACGCAUUUACAAAAAGUAUUUUCAUGUUAUUCCUGAAAAACAGCAUAGCCGUUUUAAGUUAGUAGAAUGAUUGUUUUAUAUUUGUUUGUAAUUAUAAAAAUAUAUUUGUAUACUUGUGUAGUUAUAUUAAAUUAUUAAAAAAUGUUCUCAAAAUUUUUAAUAAACCAAUUAAACCAGCAAAGCUAUAAAAUAGGAAC